UAAACACAAAUUGGAAAUGGCGUCUUCAGCUUUAUCUGAAGAUGAAUUUCAUCGUUUACAGCUACAACUGUUAGAGUUAAGAACAGCUAAUUAUGAACUGGAAGGGAAAUGUAAAAAAUAUGAGAGAGAACUAACUGUGGGCCAAGAAAGGGUUGAUGUAUUAGAUAAAGAACUUACUAAGGCCAGUAAGGUUAUUAAUAAAAGCAAAAAGACAAAGGAAGUAGAAUUAUUGAUGCAAGAAAAUGAUGGUCUUCAACGUAAGCUACACAGUCAGGAAGAAGAAUUCCGUUUACAAAACCAAACAUUAAUGCAAGAAUUAUCAACUUUAGUAGCUUCAAAUGAACAAUUAGAAAAAGAAAUAACUGCUUGUAAAGAUGGGAACACUUCAGUGAAGGGAAGUAAUUCUGAUUUAGAAGAUGAAAUUCGAAGACUUCAAGCUCAGAAUGCAGCUUUACAAAAGAAUUAUAACAGCAUUAAAGAAAAAUACGAGAAGGAAUUACUGAGUUUACGAGGAGGAAAUGAAGUACCACCAUCUACAGAGAGAGAAUCUCCUACAGGAGUAGAGGAAAGAAAAGUAGAAGGUUCAGAUCAUAAAGAUGAUGAAGUUAAUAAAAUAAAUACAGAGAGUGCUAACAGCAUAGAAAAAUUAUCAGAGGAGAUUCACAAAUUAAAGAUAAGUCUGGAUACAGAAUUAGAAGAAAAGAAAAUUCUUAAAGAGGAACUUUCUUCUCAAGAGAAAAAAUUGAAAGAUAAAAUUGUUGUUUUACAAGAUGAAAGUGAAAAGUUCAAUGAAAAGCUCAAGAAAAAACAAGAAAGUGUUAUCAUACUACAGAAAGAGAAAGAAGAUAUGUUUGCCGAAAGUAGUAAAAAGAUUGAAGAAUUACAAGCAGGAAGAGAAAGGGAUAAAAAGUAUUAUCAAGAUGUAACUAGUAAAUUACAAACAGAAAUAGAAAAACUAAAACAGGUUGGUGAAAAUGAUCAUACAUCAGCAGAACAAAAAAUGCAACAACUGGAAAAAACAAUAACAACACUUCAGUCACAGGUUGAUGCAGCAAAUAUUGUCGGUAAUCAACAAUUACAAGAACAGACAAAGAAAUAUCAAUCUGAGAUUAUAGAAUUACGUAAUAAUAUCACUAAACUAAUACAGGAAAAAGAUGAUCUACAAAUACAGUUAAAGGAAAGUCAGAAAGCUGUGUCAGAUACAAUGGAACAGUUUCAUGCUGCUCAAAAUGAUAGAGAUUCUCAAAUACAAUCUUUACAGGAAAUCAGCAAGGUGGCUGAAAAAAGAAAAUCUAUUUUAGAUGAACUAGCUAUAAAAUAUCAAAAAGAAAUAGACAGUCAUAGAGAAAUUGUCAACAGUAUGGAGGAAAAACACAAAGUUGUGGUUAACUCCCUUCAGCAAGGAAUCGUCACUUUACAGGAGAAAAUCGCUGAAUUAGAGAAACAGACCAUAAUGUUCGAAGAAUUACAACAAACUCAUAAAUCUGUCAGUGAAUCCAAACAGUGGUUAGAAAGAAGAUUAAAAGAAACCGAGGAAAAUCUGGACCAAGCUAAAGUAGACCAUGAAACAUCUUUAAAAGAAAUGAAAUCUAGUCAUGAAACCGAGAUAAAUAAAUUAAAAGAAGAACAUCAAGCAGAAGCAGCUCGAUUAUUAGAAGAACAACAAACAUGGCGAACGGGAUGGGAAGAGAAAGAAAAUACAUUACUACAAGAAAUUGAGAAUCUGAAAACAAGUGUGUCAUCACUCAGACAGGAAAUUAAAGAUGGUGUGGGUGAUAAGAAACUUCAUGAAAAGAAAGGGUUAACAAUGAUAAAAGAUUUAAAACGUCAGUUACAUGCAGAACGAAAGCGUACAGAAAAAUUACAGGAACGUCUACAAGAAGUUUUGACAGAUUCCAAAGAUAGACAGAGUAUGGAAGAUUUAUUCCGACCAACUGAUCCUAAUGACAUGUUCCGUUGUGAUGAUAGUUCUGUGUCAUCAUGGGGUGCUGGGGCUAGUGGUAACAAAGAUUCUAAUGCAAGUGGACCUCAGUCUCCAAGCCAUACAAAUACUAGUUUUACUAGUGAUGUGGAGCAAGAAUAUGGUGAUCUCUUAACAAGAAUGGGUGGCAUGCAACAAAACUCCUGGCAACUUGAAGAAAAGGUGGCACAUCUUGAAAUGAGCAAUGCUUGCAUGGCAGAAGAUAUUUUACGCAAAACAGCUAUCAUAGAACAUUACGUCAUGGAGAGUAGACCAGAUCAUCGUCGACUUAGUAAUCACCAUCCACAUGAAGAUAAAAUAUCAUUAAAGAAAGUUCUAGAUCUCGUUAAUAAAGGUGAAGACAAUGAAUUAAAAGAUAUGAACAAAAAAUUACAGAAUAUGGUGGAAGAAACACUCACUAAAAACAUGCAUCUUCAAAAAGAUCUGGAAAUGAUGUCAAAUGAAGUUGUUCGUCUCAGCAAACUGACGCAGUCAGAUUUGACAGACAGUUCUACAAAACAGAAGGAAAUGGCAUCAUGACAGUGUUGAAUAAUUCCGCUCAUGGUCUUAGAGCGAAUUGUUAUAUAGUUAUUAAUUACAUUUAUAUAAUGUUACACAUCCUAAUAGCUGUGUAAUGUUAUUAAUAUUCCAUCUUAACAAAGCCAAGAAUAUUCCUGUUUUUAUGUAAUAAUAUUGUUACUGCAUUGUUUAAUAUAGAGAUAUAUACAUACAUAUAUUAAAUAUAUUAUUAUUAAUUAGUGCUUUCGUGGAUAGAGUUUAUCUAUUACUUGCAAAUAAUUAGAAAGUAAUAGUAUAUUUAUGUAUGUAUAGGAAGAUACAGGAGUUCCUUAGUAGCAUAUGAAUAUUAACACCAUAACACUGAUAAUAUCAUUAAUGGCUAUUUAUUGGGUAUAAUUAUCGUUUAUUUAUCGAUAUUUUACUUUUAUUCUCUUGUUUUUACAAAGUGGCUAUUGUUACGACAAGUCUGAGCCACGUUAAGAACGAAUUCCAAAAAUGGCUGCCAAUCUCCCCAACACCAGCUUUGAAAAAGGAGCGGUAUUUUCAACGUUUUCAGAACUGAAGGCAGCAAUUAAGAGAUGGGAAGGGUUAGGGUUAGGACUAUUUUUACGACUAUUCAGUUUUUAACUUCGAUGAUGGAGGGCUGUGAAAGCAUCGUCGUCAAUAGCCUGAGGAAUAUUUUUACGACUCGUCGUAACAAUAGCCACUGCCUUGUUUUUAAGCGUCCACAUUUAAACAUGUUUCAUUACCUGGCAAACUAUCUUUUGAAUUUUUAAAAACAUGAAUUUAAACAAUGCCUGAAACUUUUAAACAAAACAUAAAUAUAUGUCUUUAAAACAAUGAAUCACAUGUACUUUUUGUUUGCGAACACACUGGUACGAUAUCUGGAUAAAAAUACACCAAUUACGUAAUUUCCGUUAAAACAAGUACCUGUACUAAUGUGCAAAAUCUGUAGAGAGCAUGUGCAGUUACUAUAAAUAAAAUCGUGCCAAACAUCUGAUAUACUAACCAAUCAAGUAAGCUCAAACUUUGCUGAUGUAGCGAAAUGAAAUGAAAUGAAGUGGGGUUUAACAUCCUACUGUUCUGCUCCUAUACUGGGCUAAUGAAGACGGGCAUACGCCGUACAGUGUGCUAUGAGGGAAAUUUUGCCCGGGCAGCGGCACUAUCACCUACUCUUAUAUCGAAUUCCAACUGCCAAGGGAUCUUUUACGUACAUUCCAAUGUUUACACGGGACUGCGGUUUUUUGUCUCAUCCGAAGGACUAGACAGCUGUCCUUGUCAGGCCCUCCGUCCUGCAUCACUGACAAGGGGAAACCACGUCGGAAAAUCGGGAUGAACUUUCUCGGCUAAUGCAGGGAUUGAACACCCGACCUCCAGGCUAGCGAGCCAGAGCCUUACCCAUUUAGCCACCGUGUCUCCUGCUGAUGUAGCAAUACAUACCAAAGCAUGAGUAUUUACAAAAUAAUGCAAUGUACUUUACAAAGUAGCACAACAAAAUAAGCUACCUCAUGUCAUUAAACUUGGUUAAAAUCUCUAAUCUGACUAUAUAUUACAUGAUUAAGCUACAACAAAAAUGUAAAGAGAUUAUUGUAAAAAUAACUAUCAGCUACUAUUAAUGCUCGUGAAGUAAUUUGUCAAGUUAAUCUCCUCUUUAGAUGAUUUAUUAAAUUUCAAAAGACAGAAGCCUAUUUAAAAUGCAUUAGUAUUUUUUUAUUUGAUCUCAUAAGCUGUGUAAUGAUAGAUGUAUUUCAAGUCAGCAUUGUUUCUUCUCAUCUUACAUAAAAAAUUACACUCAAAAAAACUUAAGUAUAUUGAAUAGAUGAAAAGUUCAACAUGAUACCUUUUUCAUUUGAAAUGAGAUAUAAAUUUAAAGGGCCAAUCCUGAUAAUAUUUUGGAGAAUAAAACUGCUGAAUUUUGUGUUAAAAUUCCUUAAAAUCCUCUUUCUCAGGGUCGAGCAACUAACUCAAUAUAUGUGAUACGUUUUCAAACAACUUAAAUCCACCAGUCUUCAUCUGGAAAUGGAGAUCAUGGUCCCACGCUGUAUUAUACAGUGUCUGGAUAAAACCAGACUUGUAUAAAAGUAAUGUGUAGGUGAAAUUUACCUUUCAUUAUUAAGUAUCAGGUCACCAAACAAAAAAAUUUACCCGAAAUCUUAAAAGCGUUACGUGUCCAGAUAAGCAGUUUUGACGUUCACAUCCAAACGACUCAAUAUUUUGAGCUGAAAUUUUGAGACAGGGUAAAUACACCAUUCCUCGAUAUUUGGGCGCUUAAAUUUCAUAUGUACUCGGACUUUCAUUUUUGAGACUCUGUUCAAAUCGAGAUAGUCCCUUUAAGAUAUAAGGGGGGUUGGAUGGCUGAAUGGUUAGCGUGCGCGCGCUGUAUCAUAAAGUCUGUCAUUGAGUCGACUGGUGUGGUUUCGAAUCCCCGGUUGUACGUGACAAGGAGUAGGGUCGCCUGUCCAACCUCGUGGGUUUUCUCCGGGUCCUCCGGUUUCCUCCCACUGCUAAAGACCCCUAUGCGCAAGCGAAUUAUUGAAAUAAAAUUAUACCAUAUGUUAGUCCCGAAAUGACCUAGUUUGUGUCGAGUGGACGUUAAACCCCAUUUCUCUCUCUCUCUCUCCCUUUAAGAUAAGUUUUAAUAUUCAGAUGUCCUAUUAUGGAUUUGUAAUGCAUGUUGGUAGGACUUGGAAGCCUUUAUUCAAAGUCCAAGCAAUUACCAGAAGCUCUGUGAAAUAAUUACACAGAAACACCAAUGACCAGGUUAAGUUGUAAAUGAUCUUCUUGAGAGACAGUCAUCUUGUGCCUGGACAAACAUGUUUAUAGCUCAAUUGGUUGUAAGGAAUAUACAUUUUUAUACGCCCACAUGGAAACCUGUCUUUAACCUCUUCUUCAAAGCCAUGGGUAUGAUUUCAACCAAAUUUUAGAUAUUGUAAAUAGAGUAAGGUGUAGUGACUUCUGAGCGCAAAAGUGGUUAUUACUUUUUUUUACCUGAAAUAUUUACCUUGAUGCUCUAUUCAGUGAAUGAAGUCCAGUGAACUAAUUGUAUAAAAAAAGCAAUAAAUAUCCGAAGAAGGAACAUAAAAUUUAACAAUAUACAAAAUAUAUAUUCUGUAAAUCUUAAGAGAUUACAAUUAAAGGAUUUUAAAGAAUAGUCAAAACUAUCCUCAGCUAUAGACUUUCAAAUCAACUCUUAACCCAAGGAAUGAUUAAGGCCCAUUGGUCUCUUGUUUAUAUUCAUGUACAUUCCCUGUGUAAUUAGUCAUACACAUUGUACAGUUAUAUAUAUUGACUAGAGAGAUUUAUUUGUAUUGGUUGUUGUUUUUUUCCUGUAUAAUUAAAAUAACUUGUUUUUUUAUUUGUGUAUAUGUGUAUGAAGUUAUUUAUAAUUUAAUGUGAUAGUUUAUGUUUUAUUGUCUUUGUUGAACAAAUAAAAAGUAUCUAUAUCAGAAUAAUACUACAUAAUAUAUUAGAAAAACAAGGAACAAAAUGUACCUGUAUUUGAACAUUUCCUAAUUUAAUUCAUUUCAGAGAAUUAGAUAUAAAGAGUAUGGCUUGGUUGUAUAUUUAUUUUGUCUAUAUUACAAGUGGAACUAACUACAUCAUUGGAUACAGUGUAAUUGUCUUUGUCUUUAAACAUUCUCUAUAUGUUACUGUAAAUAGUGCAAUAAUAAACUGGAUUCAAAGUUUGCUUACAUCAUAUUAGGACAAUGUCUGUAAAACAUAAGCCCCCAAAACAUAGGUUCAGUUGAAGUUUUUUUGUAGACACCUGGAGAUAUUAACUUGCAAGAUACCUAUUGAACUUCACUGAUUUCAAUAAAUAUGUUUUAUAUAGAAGCCUGUUGAUUUUCUGACAUGUCUGAUAAUUACUUUUAGAGUUAUUGCUCUUGAUUAAAUUGAAAAAUAUUGUGGGUGCUCUAAUGGACAAAGUCACCAUGGGAAGAAAGUCAAGAAACGCUAAUUUGAAUGUUCUGGUAGUAUUGGUGACGUCACAAACAGCUUCUUCAAUGGGGUGUAGGUCUUCAAUUUAAGGGUGGUCGCCUAUAAUAUGAAUUUUUGGUAUGUUUCGUAUACGAGCACAAACUAACUAUGAUAUAAGAAAUUAAGUUAUUAGAGAUCUGAGAUUAAUCAACACUAACAGUUUGGUUCUCCAGUAAAAUUGUAUUAAAGAUGUUUCAAGUUGUACAACCAAUCUGGUGUGUUAAUUAUUGUCGUGAUAUUAUAUAAAUAAAAUAUCUGUUACUAGCUAACAA